GACAUCAGCCUGCCGGGAGCUAGGGGCUCUGUCCAGGCUCUGGGGCCCUCCUGCUGCGUGACUCAGGCUCGGGGUACACAGAGGCUGCUGCUCCCAGUAAGUGGCUGGAUGGGGACAUGAAGAGCUGAUAUUUCAGAUGACAACCAUGUUGCAAAAGUCUGACAGCAAUGCCAGCUUCCUGCGCGCAGCCAGAGCCGGCAACCUGGACAAAGUCGUGGAGUACCUGAAGGGGGGCAUAGACAUCAACACCUGCAACCAGAAUGGACUCAACGCCCUCCACCUGGCUGCCAAGGAGGGCCACGUGGGGCUGGUGCAGGAGCUGCUGGGCCGAGGGUCGGCCGUGGACUCCGCCACCAAGAAGGGAAACACGGCUCUUCACAUCGCCUCUCUGGCUGGACAAGCAGAGGUGGUCAAAGUCCUGGUCAAGGAAGGAGCCAACAUCAACGCACAGUCCCAGAAUGGCUUCACUCCUUUAUACAUGGCUGCCCAAGAGAACCACAUCGACGUUGUAAAAUACCUGCUGGAAAAUGGUGCUAAUCAGAGCACUGCGACCGAGGAUGGCUUCACACCCCUGGCGGUGGCGCUGCAGCAAGGACACGACCAGGCCGUGGCGAUCCUCCUAGAAAAUGACACCAAGGGCAGGGUGAGGCUGCCUGCCCUGCACAUCGCGGCCAGGAAGGACGACACCAAGUCGGCCGCCCUCCUGCUGCAGAGCGACCACAAUGCGGACGUGCAGUCCAAGAUGAUGGUGAACAGGACGACCGAGAGCGGCUUCACCCCGCUGCACAUCGCCGCCCACUACGGGAACGUCAACGUGGCCACCCUGCUGCUCAACCGGGGUGCCGCUGUGGACUUCACGGCCAGGAAUGGGAUCACCCCUCUGCACGUGGCCUCCAAACGGGGAAAUACGAACAUGGUGAAGCUGCUGCUGGACCGCGGCGGCCAGAUCGAUGCCAAAACCAGGGACGGGCUGACGCCGCUGCACUGCGCGGCCCGAAGUGGACACGACCAGGCGGUGGAGCUGCUGCUGGAGCGGGGGGCACCCUUGCUGGCCAGGACCAAGAACGGGCUGUCUCCGCUUCACAUGGCCGCCCAGGGGGACCACGUGGACUGUGUCAAGCACCUGCUGCAGCACAAGGCACCCGUGGACGACGUCACGCUGGACUACCUGACGGCCUUGCACGUGGCCGCACACUGUGGCCACUACCGUGUCACCAAGCUCCUUCUGGACAAGAGAGCCAACCCCAACGCCCGAGCCCUGAAUGGCUUUACUCCACUGCACAUUGCCUGCAAGAAAAACCGCAUCAAAGUCAUGGAGCUGCUGGUGAAAUACGGGGCUUCCAUCCAGGCUGUCACAGAGUCGGGCCUCACGCCUGUGCACGUGGCCGCCUUCAUGGGCCACCUGAACAUUGUGCUGCUGCUGCUGCAGAACGGCGCCUGUCCCGACGCCACUAACAUUCGCGGGGAGACAGCGCUGCACAUGGCCGCCCGGGCGGGCCAGGUGGAGGUGGUGCGGUGCCUGCUGCGGAACGGUGCCCUGGUCGACGCCAGAGCCAGGGAGGAACAGACGCCUCUGCACAUCGCCUCCCGCCUGGGCAAGACGGAGAUCGCCCAGCUGCUCCUGCAGCACAUGGCCCACCCGGACGCGGCCACCACCAAUGGCUACACGCCCCUGCACAUCUCCGCCAGGGAAGGCCAGGUGGACGUGGCCUCUGUGCUCCUGGAAGCCGGAGCCGCCCACUCCUUAGCCACCAAGAAAGGGUUCACGCCCCUGCACGUGGCAGCCAAGUACGGGAGCCUGGAUGUGGCGAAGCUGCUGCUGCACCGCCGGGUGGCGGCCGACUCCGCGGGGAAGAAUGGCCUGACCCCGCUGCACGUGGCCGCCCACUAUGACCACCAGGAGGUGGCCCUGCUGCUGCUGGAGAGGGGUGCGUCCCCGCACGCCACCGCCAAGAAUGGCUACACUCCCUUACACAUCGCUGCCAAGAAGAACCAGACGCAGAUCGCUUCCACGCUCCUCAGCUAUGGAGCCGAGACGAAUGUCGGGACCAAGCAGGGCGUGACCCCGCUGCACCUGGCCUCCCAGGAGGGGCACGCGGACAUGGUCACCUCGCUCCUGGACAAGGGCGCCCACGUCCACACGUCAACCAAGAGUGGACUCACGGCCUUACACCUGGCCGCCCAGGAGGACAGGGUGAAUGUGGCUGACUUGCUCGUCAAGCACGGGGCUGACCAGGACGCCCACACGAAGCUUGGUUACACUCCCUUGAUUGUGGCCUGUCACUAUGGAAAUGUGAAAAUGGUCAACUUCCUUCUGAAGCACGGAGCCAACGUCAACGCCAAAACCAAGAACGGCUACACGCCCCUGCACCAGGCCGCGCAGCAGGGCCACACCCACGUCAUCAACGUGCUGCUGCAGCAUGGAGCGCGCCCCGACGCCACCACCACGAAUGGCAACACGGCCCUGGCCAUCGCUAAGCGCCUGGGCUACAUCUCGGUGGUGGACACCCUGAGGGUCGUCACGGAGGAGGUCACCACCACCACCACGACGAUCACUGAAAAGCACAAGCUGAAUGUUCCUGAGACGAUGACAGAGGUGCUGGACGUUUCUGACGAAGAGGGGGAUGACACGGUGACGGGGGACGGCGGGGAGUACCUGAGGCCCGAGGACCUGAAGGAGCUGGGCGACGACUCCCUGCCCAGCAGCCAGUUCCUGGACGGCAUGAGCUACCUGCGCUACAGCCUGGAGGGAGGGCGCUCCGACAGCCUCCGGUCCUUCAGUUCCGACAGGUCGCACACCCUGAGCCACGCCUCCUACCUGAGGGACAGCACCAUGAUCGACGACGCCGUCGUGAUCCCCAGCCACCAGGUGUCGGCACUCGCCAAGGAGGCGGAGAGGAACUCACACCGCCUCAGCUGGGGGCCCGAGAACCUGGACAAUGUGGCCCUUUCUUCCAGCCCCAUCCACUCAGGCCGCGCCUCUCCAUGUCUCGAUCGUGACAACAGCAGCUUCCUGGUCAGUUUCAUGGUGGACGCCCGCGGGGGCGCCAUGCGGGGCUGCAGACACCACGGGCUCAGGAUCAUCAUCCCACCCCGGAAGUGCACGGCCCCCACGCGGGUCACCUGCCGCCUGGUGAAACGCCACCGCCUGGCGACCAUGCCCCCGAUGGUGGAAGGAGAAGGCCUGGCCAGCCGCCUGAUCGAAGUCGGACCCUCUGGCGCUCAAUUCCUUGGGCCUGUGAUCGUGGAGAUCCCCCACUUCGCCGCCCUGCGAGGGAAGGAGAGGGAGCUGGUGGUGCUGCGCAGUGAGAAUGGGGACAGCUGGAAGGAGCACUGCUGUGAGCACACCGAGGACGAGCUCAAUGAGAUCCUCAAUGGCAUGGACGAAGUGCUGGACAGCGCUGAGGACCUGGACCGCAAGCGCAUCUGCCGCAUCGUCACGCGUGACUUCCCGCAGUACUUCGCGGUGGUGUCGCGAGUCAAGCAGGACAGUCACUUGAUCGGGCCCGAGGGCGGUGUGCUGAGCAGCACGGUGGUGCCACAGGUGCAGGCGGUGUUCCCUGAGGGCGCGCUGACCAAGCGGAUCCGCGUGGGCCUGCAGGCUCAGCCUAUGCAUGGUGAGCUGGUUAAGAAGGUCCUCGGGAACAAAGCUACCUUCAGCCCAAUCGUCACUUUGGAACCCAGAAGAAGAAAAUUCCACAAGCCCAUUACCAUGACCAUCCCUGUCCCCAAAGCUGCCAGCGACGUCAUGUUGAACGGUUUCGGGGGAGAUGCUCCAAGCUUGAGGCUACUCUGCAGCAUAACAGGCGGGACCACUCCUGCUCAGUGGGAAGACAUCACAGGAACUACACCACUGACGUUUGUCAACGAGUGUGUGUCAUUCACCACCAACGUGUCUGCCAGGUUCUGGCUGAUAGACUGUCGACAAAUCCAGGAAUCCGUGACCUUUGCCUCACAAGUGUACAGAGAAAUCAUCUGUGUGCCCUACAUGGCCAAGUUCGUGGUGUUUGCCAAGUCCCACGACCCCAUUGAAGCCAGGUUGAGGUGCUUCUGCAUGACUGACGACAGGGUGGACAAGACCCUUGAGCAGCAGGAGAACUUUGCGGAGGUGGCCAGGAGCCGGGAUGUGGAGGUGCUGGAGGGAAAGCCCAUCUACGUCGACUGUUUCGGCAACCUCGUGCCACUAACCAAGAGCGGCCAACAUCAUAUAUUCAGUUUUUUUGCCUUUAAAGAAAACAGACUUCCUCUCUUUGUCAAGGUCCGAGACACGACUCAGGAACCGUGCGGACGACUAUCAUUUAUGAAGGAGCCGAAAUCCACACGAGGCCUGGUGCACCAAGCUAUUUGCAACUUAAACAUCACCCUGCCCGUCUACAUAAAGGAUUCAGAGUCAGAUCAGGAGCAGGAGGAAGAGAUCGAUAUGACAUCAGAAAAAAGUCAGCAGGAUGCGCAGGCGCGGAUGGAGGAGCGGCUGGCCUACAUCGCCGAUCACCUCGGCUUCAGCUGGACAGAAUUAGCAAGAGAGCUGGACUUCACCGAGGAGCAGAUCCAUCAGAUUCGGGUGGAGAAUCCCAACUCCCUGCAGGACCAGAGCCACGCGCUGCUGAAGUACUGGCUGGAGCGGGACGGGAAACUCGCCACCGACACCAGUCUCAUUGAGUGUCUUACCAAGGUCAACCGAAUGGAUAUUGUUCAUCUCAUGGAGACCAGCACAGAGCCUCUUCUGGAGCGUGCCAGUCACAGCUACACCGAGAUAGAGCAGACCAUCACACUGGACCACAGCGAAGGAUUCUCGGUGCUUCAGGAUGAGCUGCCCACACGUCACCAGCCUGCUCACGAGCCCGUGGCGUCCAGAGAAGGGGAAUCCUGCAGCCACCCUCCCAUUGUCUCUGACGAAGACCUCUCCGUCGGCUACUCCGCGUCCCAGGAUUACACCCCCAGGACGGACAGGGACAUCCGGGGCCUGGCGGGGACAGCAGCCACACCCAAGGAGCCAGCUCCUGAACCCCAGCAGCAGUGCUCUGUGACGACCCCACGGACAGAAGGGCCAGACACUGAGGAGGCCGCGGCAGCCCCGGGCUCUCCCAGCAGAGCCCCUGAGGAGGGCAGGUCCCACCUGCAGGCCCCGUCCCCCGAGGAGCGGGCAGACAUGCCCCUGGUGCAGGAGCCCAAGGAGCCCCCGGAGCUCAGGGAGGCUGGCUCUCCAAGGAAAAACAGCCUCGUGAUAGUGGAGUCCUCUGACGAGCAGCCACUGGCCUUCGAAAACCUGGGCGAAGACUCAGCCUUUCAAAAGGGCGACGAUGUGCCUGACAUGCCCCCGGAGACUGUCACGGAGGAGCAGUACGUGGACGAGCAAGGGCACACCGUGGUGAAGAAGGUCACCAGGAAGGUCAUCAGGCGGUAUGUAUCCCCUGAUGGCGUGGAGAGGGAGGAGGUCACCUUGCAGGGACAGCCCCAGGAACCCGUCAGCAUUGAGGAUGGGGACGGCUACUCCAAAGUCAUAAAACGCGUGGUGCUGAAGAGCGACACCGAGCAGUCAGAGGUGACUCUGUCUGAGUCCGGCGCUCCGUGCGAGGCCUCCCGGUUCCAGGCUGAGCCCGUGGAAGGCCGACGAGUCAGCAGAGUCAUCAAAACCACAGUGGUGCAUGGAGAGAGGAAGGAGAAGCGCCUGGGGGACCCCCGCUUUGCCGCUGAUCUUCCCUCAGCCAAAGAGGACUUUGAACAGGACGACACUCAGUAAGGCCAGCAGGCAGACGAGGGCUGCGGUGAAGGACGGGCAUGGGAAACGUGUGCACCUGGAGCACCUGGAGGAUGUGCCCGAGGCCCUGGAGCAGGACGACCUCCAGCGCGACCUCCAGCGGCUUCUGCGGCAUUUCUGCAGGGAGGACCCGGAGCAAGAGGCCCAGUGAGGGCGCCCAGUGCUCACGCCAGAGCCUGCUCGCCACUCCAUACGCGGCUCCCCUUCUGUCAGCAGGGCGACCUGCCUGCCCCACACCCCACAUACACAGCAAUUGGUUAGUUUGUCCCCACCCCCUUCAACUGAAGCUAAUUUGUGACCAAAGAUAGCAUCCUUCAUCCUGGGUGCUGUGUCCCCCAAGUCCUGGCGUCUGGGCUGCCCUGGGGACUGGCCGCCCCUCGUCCUUCGCUUCUGCACAGCUCCAUGGGAAGCCAUCGAUCGAUUCCGGGGCUCCCUGCAGACCUCUCCCCGUGAUGACAGCGUCCCUCGAAGGGAGUCCGGUACAGUGUACAUAGAAAAUGCUCAGAUGAACACACAUUAGCUGAGAGCCACUGCCUGGCCUAACCACACUGGGCAUCGGGGAGCCAAGGCUCCUCGAAGUGGCUGCGCAUGGUGGGUUAGGAUGCUGCUGACACAGGCGAGCGAUGGCAGGUUCUGUGCAGGAGGGGCACUGCCACCUACAGGCCUAGGAAUCCAGUAUAGCCAUUGCCCUAGCUGAGGGGGACCUGCCCAGGGAACUGCCCCCUUGGAGGCUUGUUAAGCUGGACACCCCCUGGACUCCGGCAACCCCACCAGGGCAGAGAGGGAGCAGGGGGGUAGCCAGGUGCUAGCAGCUGCAUCCUGUGGCCUUCUAGCAUCUUCCGGUCUUUCAGAUCUCGGACACGUUGGCAGGGUAUCUACAAAGCUAUAACUACUGUAGUUUCCAGGUCUCAUUGCUGCUUUGGCAAACCACGCUGUCUUAUCGGUGGCCCUUCCUCUGGCCGCUGCACUGUACAUAAGUCAUUGGAAACAGGAUCUGCCCGCGACACAGAUUAAGCUCCUGGCCGCGCCGGGGCGGGGCGGUUUCCCCUCCUCCUCCGGGUUUAUAUCUUCGCUGACACCUGCAUGUAGCAUUUAAACCCACACCACGUCAGAACCCCCUUCCAGUCACGUUGAUGGUUUUCAUUCGUACCCAGAGCAAGCCUUCUGCACUCUCCAGCUGGUUUUCAGCUUGAGGGCGAUGGAGAAACCCUUAAAAAAUUGGUUUUGGUUAAAACUUCUGGUUUAUUUAUUUGAAACCCAAACUCCCUUGAAAACUGUGAAGUGCAGCUGUGCAUUUCCUGCGCGUUAUUUCAGAGAAGGGACCUCAGUCCUCUGAGCAAUGCCACACCCCCGUCCUAUUCCUAGUGUUGAAGCUGUGGGGCAUCUUAAUCUCAUAUAUUCACACGUAUAUUCAUAUACACAGUAUACAUCUUUGGAUCAGUUAUUUGUUAAAGAAAAGUAUAUCCAAUGGAGAUGAGAUUUAAAAACAAACGCCAGAGUCUGACCUCCCAGAGGGGACAUUUCCCAACUCUAGCUGGUCUUGCCUGCUGUGCAAAAAUGAGUCACUGCUCCCAUGCCACAAACACGGACACACUGCCCUGCGUCAUUUCAGGUCGCGUCGCCCGGGGAUUUCCCGGGAGGGAGUCCACGAGCCACGUCUCCUAACCCCCAGUGCCAGCACUUCUGGCCAUUGGGCAGGAAAUAAAGCAUCGUUCUUUGGCAGCCAAAAUGUGAGGGGCCUGUGGCAAGACUUUGGGGGACACGCUGGCCUCUCCUCAGACCUUGGCUGGAGCUCAAGGAAGCGUUCCUGUUGUGUAGUUUGCAGUGCAGAUGACGUCUGUGUGACAACGUAAUGGUUAUUCACCUUUCUUUGAUUUUGAAUUUUGCUGUGUAAUCAAAAAACUUGAAUACUGUGAGAAGAAGUGAAUUUUCAGUUGACGAAUCAGCAUCUUGUUCCCAUGGUGAUAACACUAAUUGAGUAUAUCUAUGAGGGCAUGUAUCAGUUAAUGGAAAAAUGCAACACUAACCACACAUAGCUGCAACGUGUACACGGCUGAUUUAAUUAAAUAAAAUGUACAAGUGUUACGUGUG